AUGGCGGCAGCAGCACUGUCGCUCUGGGCGGCACAGGCGCCAUUUCCCUGGGAGGGCGAGCUGUGCCGCAUUGGGAGGAGGUCACCUGUACUCACAUCAGGUCCACCCAUUUGGCCAGGAAGCACCUUUUUCAAGAGAAAUGGAGCCCUUCUACAAGAUCCUGACAUUGAUGCUGCCACUGCCAUGAUGCUUUUGAAUACUCCCCCUGAGAUACAAGCAGGUUUUCCUCCGGGAGUGAUACAAAAUGGAGCUCGAGUUCUGAGUAGAGGAAUAUUUCCUGGAGCCAGGCCAUUGCCAAUCAACCCUAUAGGAAGCAUGGCUGUUGCAGUAAGAACUGGUUGGAAAUCUUUCAAAAUGAAUGGAAUAUCAAACUGCCGGAUGCGGACGGAAAGCGAGCAGUCCUGUGGCUCUCCAGUUGUUAGCGGCGACCCAAAGGAGGAUCACAACUACAGCAGUGCCAAAUCUUCCAACCACCGGAGCACAUCCCCUGCUAGUGACUCCGUUUCCUCUUCCUCUACUGACGACCAGUAUGAAUUUGCAACUAAAGGUAGCCAAGACAACAGCGAAGGAAGUGAAGUUAGCUUCCAGAGCCACGAGAGCCAUAGUGAAACAGAAGAGGAGGACAAAAAGCAAAACCAGAAGGAGACCAAGGAUUCUUUAGCUGACAGUGGGUAUGCAUCCCAGCACAAGAAAAGGCAACAUUUAAUGAAGGCGAAAAAAGUACCGAGUGACACACUGCCUCUUAAAAAGAGACGUACAGAAAAGCCCCCUGAAAGUGACGAUGAGGAGAUGAAAGAAGCAGCAGGAUCGCUCCUGCAUUUAGCAGGAAUUCGAUCCUGUUUGAACAACAUCACCAAUCGGACGGCAAAGGGGCAGAAAGAGCAAAAGGAAACCACAAAAAAUUAG